AAUAAAGAGUAAAAUUGAACAUUUUUUCUUGCAUAAAUCUCGCGGUUACCAUGGAAACGGGAAAGUGCGUAAGUCUAUAAAAAAACCCGGGCGUCAUCAGGAUCGAUCCCGGAAUCUCUCUAUCUACGCACAGCUGGCUCUGACCUAGUUUUUCGAACGCACGUGUCCAUACGCACAAUUUUGUUUCUGAAUUUUUAAUAAUAGAAACUUCGCCUAAGAAUUAAAUUUUAAAUUUCCAUAGAAACUUCGCACCUAAUAACACGCAAAAAAUUGCAUAAAAUUCCAUAAAACUCGCAAAUAAUUCCAUAAAUUUUUAUCAUCAAAAUAACAUUUUCCAUGGUAACGCCGCAGUGUUUUUCUUGGUCAAAGUAAAUAAAACAUAUCACGUGAUUUAAAAAUUACUACAAAAAAUUUCAUACAUUUUUCGUAAUUUAAUAAUUUCAUGAAAAAACAACUCCACAAAAAAUAAACUAAAAAAAAAAUAAAAACCCGACAAUUUCCAUGGCAACCAAACCCGUAAUCUUAUCUCGGUUGUUAUGCUUAUAAAAAAAUUUCCUUUACAAAACAAGAAGACGGCAUUUCAUUCAGAACGUCACUCUCCGCUGCGUAAAGUGUUUCAAGGUACGUCAAUUGUUAGGUUGCCAUGACAACAAAAACAAAUCUCAAGAAAAUGGCAGCCAAAUUGGAGUCAGCCGAGCCCCCACAGGAAAAAUCCCCCCGCCCCCCGCAUUCCAAAAAAUUAAAGUAUUUCACUACCAUAGCGAUUAUGUUGGGGAACAUUACUUUUGGCUGCGCAUUUAACUUUUACUCCCCCGCACUGGAGGAUCUCAGAAUAAAGUACGAAACGGACGUGGACGACAUUUCGCGGAUUUUCACAAUUUUACUAGUCUCCUACUGCUGCGGGGCCUUGUCAGCAACGAUAAUUUACCGAUACGUGAACCGCCAGCUGGGCGUAAUUUGCUGUUUCUGCGGAAUGUCUGUCGCCUUGUUCCUCACGCCGCAUGUGGAAUCGAAAAUCGUGUUUUUCGUACUUGGCGGGGUGCUCGGGAUAAGCAUCGGGGCCUAUGAUUGCGCCCAGGUCGUGUGGAUGAUCGAGAUGUGGCAGGAAAAAUCGGGUCCGUUCAUCCAAUGCCAGCACUUCUGCUACGCCAUUGGCUCGAACAUUCCCCCGAUUUUGAUGGGUCCGUUCCUACGCGACGACAACGAUGACGACGAAUUGGAGAUUAAGAAACGUUCGGAAAUGCUGAUCCCUUUCACCGUCGCGGGAAUUUUGUGCUCCGGAGCGUUUUUCAUGCAGUUGAUGCUAUUUAUUUUCUGCCGCUACUACACACCCCCGAUGUACGGGAAAGAAAUAAAAGUGGAGAGUUGCCAUGGAAACGUGGAAUUUAGUAUUAAGAAUUUGUUUAAAUUCUUUGGGAGUCAAAAGUUUAAGUUGAUCGUCGUCAUGGGGUGUUUUGCGGGCGCCUACCAAGGAAUGGAACUGACCACCCUCCAGUUCAUCCCCACCUUUGGCCAAUAUUCCCCCAUAAACCUCUCAGAAUCCACCUCUGCCUACGUCCUCACCGGCUCAACGGGCUUAUUCGCUAUUGGCCGAUUCCUUGGCAUCUUUAUAAUAAUGAAGGUCCAUCCCGUCGUGAUGCUCAUCACAAGUCUCGCGAUCGUGACCACGGGGAACGUGAUCCUAUUUUUUUGGGCGGGAGAAAAUUUGAAUUUAUUUUGGCUCGCGUGUUGUAUAUUGGGCGCAGGAUUUAGCACCAUGUACGCGAGCUGGAGCGCUUUUAUGGAGAAAUAUUUGGUGUUUACGGAUGCGGUGGGGGGGGCGCUGAUCGUUUGUGGGAGUCUGCUCGCGGCAGUGUAUCCCGUCAUUGUGGGGGGCGUGAUUGAGAGGGAUACCAGGGUCCUAGGGGGGGUUAAUUUUUUUUCCAUUGGGGUUUGUAUUGGCGGGUUGGGGGUGGGGGGGUGGGUGGUUAGAAAGGGGAAAUGUGAGAAAAAAGAGGGUGGGGAGGAGUGUGGCGGGAGGGUUUAA